AUCAAACUUCAUACUAAAUCUCUCAUUGGCCUCAACUCAAAAACGCACAUUGAAUUUGAAGCUUUAAAAGUCUCUCUCCCUCUCUCUUUUCAUUUUCGGAGUUGUAAUACAUUUCAACCACAAUGUUGCUAGAGACCCCCAAAACUAACUCAUUUCAUCCAAGAAGAGCAAUGUCAAGCCUUUUCAGUUCAUCUUCCAAAUCUCUUUCACCAUCAUAUUCAUUGCCAACUUCUCUCUCACUUCCCCCUCCUAAACAAACUUUUUCUCUGUCAAUGAUGGAGGAGAACAUUGAUAAUGUACAAACCAUCAUCAACAAAUGGGAUCCAAACUCUUCUUCCUACACCAAAGUCACGUCACUCUUCCAAACAAAUAGGAAAGAAGGCAAAGAGUUCAUCAAGUCUGUCAAUGACUUGCGCCGUGCCAUGCACUAUCUUGUCGCCGAAAACGCCACCUCUACUAAGCUUGUACUAGCCCAACAGCUUAUGCAAACAGCCAUGAAAAGGCUUGAGAGAGAGCUUUAUAAUAUAUUGUCUAGAAACCGUGAUCACCUUGACCCUGAAUCCCUUUCAAGUAGAUCUUCUACGGGGUCUAGUAAUUUUGGUGAUGACGAUGAGGCUCGAUCUGAGGAGGAGUUGGAGACUGUAGACGAGUCAAUUGCAGAGUUGGAAAGAGUCUCAGUUCAGGCCAUGUCUGAUCUCAAGUCCAUAGCUGAUUGUAUGAUUGGCUGUGGUUAUGGGAAGGAGUGCGUGAAGAUAUAUAAAGUUAUCAGAAAGUCAAUCAUAGAUGAGGCAUUGUAUCGGCUUGGAAUUGAACGAUUCAGAUCUUCUCGUAUUCUGAAAAUGAAUUUGGAAGCUCGGGAUGGGACAAUUAAGAAAUGGUUGAACGCUACAAAGAUUGCUGUGAAAACACUUUUCAAAGGAGAAAGAAUUCUGUGUGAUCAUGUAUUUUCAGCAUCAGAGACAAUCAGAGAGUCAUGUUUCUAUGAGGUCAUCAAAGAAGGAGCAAUCAAUUUAUUUAGAUUGCCAGAACUUGUUGCAAAGAGUAAAAAGUCACCAGAAAGAAUUUUCCAACUCAUUGAGAUGUAUGAAGCAUUCUCUGAUAUGUGGCCAGAAACAGAGUUAAUAUUCAACUCACAAUCAACCUCAGCUAUUAUGUCACAAGCACUUUCAUCCACAAUCAGACUUAGAGAUUCAAUCCAUUUAAUUCUAUCAGAUUUUGAAUCCACAAUCCAGAAAGAUUCAUCUAAAACAGUUGUCCUUGGGGGAGGGAUUCAUCCCAUGACCAUAUCAGUGAUGGAUUACAUAUCAUCUUUAGCAGAUCAUAGUGGGGCACUUUGUGAUGUCCUUGCUGACUAUCCAAGAUCACCAACUUUACCACAGCUGCAAGAAUCUUUACUUGAAAGUCUGACCUCCAGCGAACGGGAUGCAGUCUCGAUCCACCUAGCUUGGCUCAUCUUAGUUCUCUUAUGCAAGCUUGAUUGCAAAGCAGAGCUUCACAAAGAUGUGUCUUUGUCAUAUCUCUUCCUUGCCAACAAUCUUCACUUUAUUGUAGAGAAGGUGCGUACCAGCAGCCUAAAAUUCCCCCUUGGCGAGGAUUGGAUUUCGAAACACAUGAAGAUGGUUCAUUUGUACGCUUCAAACUAUGAAUCCAUGGCUUGGACAAAGGUGCUCUCAUCUUUACCUGAUAAUGAAUCCUCACCAUUGUCAAGUGAUAUUGCCAAAGAGAGUUGCAGGAGGUUUAAUGCAGCUUUCGAAGAAGCAUACCAAAAGCAAACCUCAUGGAUAGUACAAGAUGGGAAAUUGAGAGAUGAGUUGAAAAUCUCCAUAGCAAAGAAACUAGUACCAAAAUACAAGGAGUUUUAUGAAGCAAACUUAGCUUUAUUGAGUCAGGAGACUAAUUUGGAGUUGUUGGUAAGGUUUUCUCCUGAUGAUUUGGGGAAUUACUUGUCAGAUUUGUUUCAUGGCACGUCAACUUCUGAUGGUUCUCACUCUCAGUCGUCAUCAUCAUCAUCAUCACCGUCUUCAUCAUUGGCUCCACAAAGAUGUAUAUCCAUUUGAAAUACAAAAAAUCCAUAUACAAUACGAAAUGUGCAUUGGUUUUAUAGUUUGAGAAAAGCAACUCAUCCUAAUGUUGAUUACAACAAAGCAUAUAUAUAUUUUUAUUUCUGUAUUGUUGAUUUUGAAUUGGCAAAACUUUAGAUACAUAUAGUUUAUUGAAGCUUAAUAAAUUAUACACGCGAAAAAUGUACAAGUAUGCACUUGAUUAUACAUUUGUGAAAAUACUUGGCAAUGAAGUUGUAUAUCAAAAUAAGAUUCAUUACAUAA